UGUUACCAGUUUUCUUUUGCUCUCGUCUUUCGACCUGUGUGUCGCGUGCCAAUUUCCACAUUUUCCGCUCUCCAUGUUUUGACUCCGUUUUCCGCAAAUCUCAGCUUUUGAAUCUCGUGACAAGUUUUUCCCACCGGAAAAAUGCUAAACCGAUUUUACUGUCUGUUUUUGUUGACCCCCCUGCUGUGUUUCGUUGUGGGCGUUUCGUGGGCGGAGGAGGAGGCGAAGGGGGAGUGCCGCCGCCUCAAGCGCGAAGAUAUCGAGGGCAGACUGUCCACGAAGACGCCGUACAGGGCGAUCGCCAAUUACGAUGAAACGCCGCCUCAAUACGCCGGCUGCCACCCGACACGAAUCUGGUCCAUAAUCCGCCACGGAACUCGAAAUCCCAGCGAAUCCGUGAUUCUCCAGGCCCAAAAUCGCCUCGCAGAAAUUAAGAAUCUCAUUCUGGAUCAGCGAAAGCCGCCGAUCUGCUCUGCUGAACUGAAAAAGCUGCGUCAAUGGAGCUGGAAGCACCUGAAUGCCACCGAAGAUGAGAAAUUACUGGUGGCGGAGGGCGAGGAUGAGCUGAUCGAACUGGCGGAGCGGAUGCAGCACCGUUUUCGGGACCUACUUCCGGAGCUCUACAGCCCGGAGUGGUACUUCUUCAAAUAUACGGCCACGCAGAGAACCCUGAAAAGUGCUCAGAGCUUUGCUACGGGUUUAUUUGGCCGCCAUCGAAUCCAUUCUGUUCGCUAUCCACCGCCUUUGCAUGAGGAUCCUGUUUUAAGGUUCUAUAAGGGCUGUGCCAAGUGGAAAACAGACGUCGAUAAGAAUCCCGAAACAUUGGUCAACGCACGCAGGUUCCUCGCGGAGCCGCAAAUGCAGUCAGCAGUGGAGCAGGUGCGGCGCAGCACCCGACUGCCGGAUCUCCGGCCGGAGGAUGUGCAGCUCAUGUACACGGUGUGCGCCUUCGAGACGGCCUGGCAUCGUCCGCCUCGCAGUUCCAGCUCCAGUUCUAGUUCUAGUUCUAGCUAUAGUUCCCGAUCUGCAACCGAUUCCGUGUGGUGCAACUUCUUCGAUGUGGCCGCCUUGGAGGCGCUGGAGUUCUUCGAGGAUCUGGAGUACUAUUGGAACGAUGGCUACGGCUACGAGCUGACCCAUCGCAUUGCCUGUCCGGCAAUCGCAGAUAUGUUUGCGGCUAUUGGUUCCUCGGAAAAGGAGGAGCGUCGGGCCAAUGCCACGUUGUACUUCACGCACUCGGGAACGCUGCUGAAGCUGCUGGCCCACCUGGGAUUGGCCCGGGACAAGAAGCCGUUGACGCACAAGCACUUUGCCAGCGAGCGUCGUUGGCGCACCAGCCAGAUCGACGCGUUCGCGACCAACUUGGCCUUCCUCCGCUACGACUGCGACAAGGAGGAGCCACAGGUCCUGGUGCUGCACCAGGAGCGAGUGGUGCGCCUGCCCCAGUGCCCGCAGGACAAGGACCUCUGUCCGCUGGCCACGCUGCGUCGCACUUUCGCCAAGAGCGUGGACCACUGCGACGUCGAGGAGCUGUGCCGGGUGGUGGCCAACUGAGGAUCGGAUUGGGAGUCGGAAACGGAAUCGGAAUGCUGAAGCUGCUGCUGCUCUGCUGCUGCUCUGCUCCCCUGCCACUGCAAAAGACCUCGUGAGAAGGGAUUCGUCGGAAUGUUUAGGAUACACUGCAAAAAAAAACGAUAUAGAUAAGAAUGGAAUAGAUGCGAAGGGACUGGUGACUGGUAGUCCAGCCAGGAUUAGUUUUGUAAGAGUGAGGAAAGCGAGAGGAAGAGAAACCGGAGAGGAAUAUGUGUUGACCAAGUGGCGAGUCGAAAUCUGUGUGUUUUGUAUGCCUUAUUAAUCAAUGUGGACCAUCCGAUCCAGAGCAAGCGAACUGCGAACAGGAGUGCAGGAGAGAGAGCGAGAUGGAGAUGGAGAUGUAGAUGGAGAACGGAAGACAGAGGAUAGAAAGAGAGAGAGAGAGAGAGAGAGGAAGAGGCGAGCCCGUGUCAUGCUUUAUAUAUAUAUAUAUACUUUAGUCUAUAUACUCCAGAUGUAUCCCUAACUGCUCCAAAAGAUUUGCCCGAUUAAUCUUGAUUUACCUAUUUUUUUUUCGUUAUUCAGUUAACCAUACUACAACCUUAACCUAUUCCUUAUCCUAAAUUCAAAAGCCAAACGGCAACGCAUAGUGUACAUAUAUAAAUACUGAUGUCUAAUCUUAAUUAACUAUAUAAAUUACAAACCACACAUAGUUAUAUGCCUCUAUUCAAAUCGAUCCUUUUCCCAAAAAAAAAAAGAAAAGAAAAGAAAGAAAAGAAAACGUUCGUUGUGCUAACUUGUGUUAUAUACCUAUAAACAAAACCGGAUAUAUAAAUAUAUAUAUUUGAUAAGGCAAGGAUAUGGAACAAAUGUUGGGUUCCUAUAUCAAUUGUUCAGCGGAAAGAGAGAGACCCACACACUUUGUACAUAGCACUUACGACUUUAAUCACUUUUGUCUAAUUAUGUUUGUCCUAUCGAAAGCCCAACAACCAAUAACAACUACCAACAGCAACAACAACAACCGCAACCACAACAAGAACAAGAACAACAACCGCAGUAACAACAAAUAAAACUAACGAAAAUUCUAGUUUAAAGCUUAACGCGCUUGGACUUUUCAAUUUGUUUAAGCUAAAAAUAAAGAGAAACGAAAAAUCAA